AUGAAACGUCGUCUCGCUGCUGUCUUUGGCUCCCGCCACCGCUCAGGCCACUCCGACAUCGCCUCCUCCCAGGGCGACGACGCGUCUACCGCUCGCGACGACAACCCCCGCGACGACACGCACCAGACAAAGCAAACGACUCUGUCGCGUCCCAAAUCCAGCUUCUUUCGCUCGCUUUCUCGCCGUGCGCAGCCGCCCGCUGGCCCCCUGAUUACCUUGGAUGGCGAUCACCCCUCGUCUUCGUCUUCCUCCAGCGCCGGGCCCAGUACGCCGGACGACGAUGCGCGCAGCUUCGUGAGAGCAAAGACCUUCCUCUUCCAGACCGACGCCGCACCUCCGACGCAGACGGCUGUUCACGUACAGGCGAGUCUCAUUGUCCCGCAGACCUCCGGGAUAGACAGUCUUCAUGCAGCUCGUCUUGGACUGACACCUGCGCGCCCGCUCGCACAGGUCGAGCAUGACUCGGACGACGAGUCCUCCGGCAGUGAGUUUUCUCGAAGCAGUACGCACACCCCAACAGUCCUCUCGUCGCGCACUCGCGUCUUACAACCGGCCAUGACGACCCCGUCACCCGCAAGGCCGCUGUCUGCCGUAGACUACACCAGGGCACUCGCGAACAAUGGUCUCUCGCACCCCUUCUCGCCCCCGCCCCUCCUGCAUAUCGCCAACAGCCCGCUCUUCCCGCGUUCCUGCAACACUCACUCCCAGGUCUCGUCAUUAAUGACAGGCUCCCUUCGGACACAGCUCUUCCAGAAUCGUGUCCUGGCACGCCUCUCACACCCCAGUCGUGCCGACGAGCAGACUCUUCAGCGUUUCGCCGGCAAGUACCAGCCGCAGCCAAAGGGUCCCCAUCUCCAUCUGGACGACAAUGCCGUCAGUGGUCGUGUAUGCGCGCGGAGCGAGGGCCUGCGGCGAUGGGUCGACCGCCCAUGCUUCGAAGAUCGGCUUGCUGUGUACCGGCCCGCAGAACAAGGAGAAGAGUGCGAGCCUGAUAUGGAGGGCAUUGUGUGCGUGCCCGUGUCUGGAACUAUAUUGGGCGUUGCUGCGCUCGAGUUCAGUGAGCAUCUUGAGAACUUGGCAGGCCUCUACGACGAUUUCGCCGAGGAUAUGACGGUCACCGCAGACGCAGAAACAGACGCUGCCACCGAGGUUACCUUCACGCUGACCACCAGCCCAACCUUGGAGCUCCCGAAGGCGCAGGAGAUCCCCGCUUCCAUCGAAUUCCCCCGGAGGUUGUCACAGGACUUACACGCGGCCCCCGCACUGAACGUGGACGUCGGCGUGGGUGGGCUGGGCGAGCUGAUCGACUUCGAGCGAAAGCUGACCAUGGACAGCUCGCCGCCGCAGCUCACACCGCCUCUCUCGCUGACGUCGUCAAGCGUGACAUCCAGCCCGACGUCGAGUGGACCGCCGACGCCCACUGGGACCCUGCUCACAGGCGCAGCGGCAGGCAAUGCCAACGAUGUGAAGGAGGGCGUGAAAGGAGACGCGGGUUCGAGAACGCCGGGCUCAUCGCCCCAGCAGCCAUCAGGCAUCCUCUCCUCCUCUCAACAACGCCAGCAGCCAUACAAGGCAAUGCCGUCUCCUCUUCGCAUGGAGUCAAAUAUGCUCCUUCCCAACCCCUACUCUCCCGUCAAGCCGUCAUCGAUCUCUGGCUCCAGCACAUCGUCAACGUCGCCAACGCCCAGCACCAGCACGUCGACUGCCACUGUCACCCUCCAAGCCACCUCGCCUAGGCCGCAACAGAAGCAGGACAGCCCUCGGCCUGCCGUCCGCUUCGCGCCGUCGACGAAAGGCAAGGACUCUGACGAGUCGACGUCGGACUCGGACGCUUCGGAGAACGACCGCCAGAAGCGCAAGGACACCAUUCCUCUCGGUUAUGUCCAGCGCAUCAAGCAACAGCGUCUCGAGAAGCAGCGCUUCCUUGCUGCCGAGCGGGCACGGCGUGCGCAGGCCGAGGAGGUCCAACGGCGCGCUGCGCAGGCGAAGGCCGAGGAGGAGGCGCGUAUCCGAGCGGAGCGCCGUAGGGAAGACGAGGAACGACGGCGGCGGAUGUACCAGGAGGAGGUCAUCGCUGCAAGGUCGCGGCGUGAGAGCACCAAAUUCGUUUCCCCGCAACUGAGCAUGAGUGGGAGCGCUGUGGACGUGACCAUCGGUGCUGGCGCAGCGUCAUCGUCGGCGCUCGCAGCGAGAGGUAGGGAGCGGGAAAAGGCGGAAACGUAUCCGAGGCCUGUCUAUGACCAGCGGAGAGGCAGCGAGUCGAGCCAGGCUCGCAGCAGCGUCAGUCGCACGAGGGACGUGUCGAGGGAUCCGCCACCGGUCCCGCCGCUGCCGACGAGCCCGAGCAUUCGGAAUGCGUCGCCUGCACCUAGUGGCAGCGGGAGCGGCAGCCAGCGGGGCUCUUCAGCCCAUUCACAUCUCGCCCCUCCCCACCCUGCGGCCCUUGCUUCAGGCUCACGGUCGACUUCCGCGCCUGACGUGCGGCCUCGCGACAGGAGUGCGAGUUCCAGUCGGGGCGCGGCCAACCGCUCUUCGAUGGCAGAUAGCAGCCUCGGCGGGCGCGACCGGACGUCCUCGAAUCCGAACCCGGGCGUGUCGUCGCCGUCGUCGCAGAUGUGGAUGACGAGUCCGAUGAUGGGCAUGUCGCCGAACAUGAACAUGAACAUGAAUAUGAACAUGCAGAUGAACCGGAUGAGCAUGAUGGGGGUCCCGAUGAUGGCCGUGCCGAUGGCUGUCCCCGUCGCUGUCCCUGUCCAUGGCUACCCCAUGUCUCCCAUGCAGAUGGGCAUGGAGCCAUUGCUCCCGCCCACCCCGCCGUUCGUCAUGCAGCAGUUCGGGUACCGCCCACCGAGCCAGAACAGCCAUCGCGACAGCAGCGCGAGCAGCGGCCAGCGCAGAAGCCACAGCUCGAGCCCGACACCACCUACGCCACGGCAUCACAGCAAGGAGCGGUCGGAGCCGCGCUCGCAUAGCUCAAGUCCGACGGUCGCCCGUGAGCAGAAGGCUUCGUUCCCGCCGAGCUCUGGUCAGAGUGCAGUGCGGGCCAGCCAGCACUACCCGCCGGCGCCGUUGCCGUCGCCGUCGUCUUCGCGCCCGGUGGACUACAGCCAUCAUCGUCGCUCGAGUGCCGACAUGGACCUGCAUCGCCGAAGCAACCUGCAAGCACCACCGGUCACUGCUACACGCAGCGAACGCGGCGAACCUAGCAGGGAUCACAGGAACCGCGAGGACCGCCGCGCGAGCAAGGUACCGCCUGUGCCGAGUCCGAGUUCAAGGUCUUCGCGUCCCCAACCGUACCACUCUUCUUCGAUGCCCUCGCCCGCCUCGCCAUCGUCGCCGCCUGCCAUCGUCGUCGACCGGACUUCUCGACCGGUCUCUGGUUUCCAGAUCUUGAGCCGACCUGCGCAGCAGAGACGACAGACGAUCAUCUCAUGA